AUGGCGAUGGCGCUGCAGCACAGCGACGUCGACUGGGCGUAUAAUGUGCAGCGGUCAGACAGCUCGAGCCUGGGAACGCGUAACGGAACAUUUUGGCCCCGGGGCCGUACCCUGGGCGGAUCCGGCGCAAUUAAUGCGAUGAUGUAUGUGCGAGGCAAUCGGCGUGAUUACGACCGCUGGCAGAGUUUGGGCAAUCCCGAGUGGGGAUGGGAGGAUGUUCUGCCAUAUUUUCGCAAGUCAGAAAAUAUGAACAAUCCAACGCUGGUUCGGGGCGAAGGUGCCAAAUAUCAUCGAACGGGUGGAUAUUUGAAUGUGGAGCAGCGCAUUGACAAUACGACCUUGAACGGAAUCCUGCGCCGAGGUGCAUUAGAGCUGGGUUACGAGUGGAUUGAUGAUUUCAAUCGUGACCGGCACAACGGUUAUGGUAACACGCAAUACACAAUUAUCGGUGGAACACGCUGCAGUCCAGCCAAGGCGUUCCUUACCCCAGUUCGGCAGCGUCAAAACCUGCACGUCAUCAAACAUGCGUUCGUGGACCGGGUGCUGAUUGACGAGCGUAACGUUGCCACGGGCGUACGCUUCGUUGUCGAUGGAAGUCAGCGUGUGCAGCAAGUGGCAGUGCGGCGUGAAGUUAUUCUUGCGGCAGGUGCUAUCAACACUCCACAGCUCUUGAUGUUAUCGGGAGUUGGGCGGACGGAUGAACUGAAGCAGUUCGGUAUUCCGCCCAAGGUAGAUCUGAACGUUGGAGGUAAUCUGCAGGACCAUGUAGCGGUUCCACUUUUUUUCAAAUUCUACGCACUACAAGAACAGGAUAUUAAUGAUCAACUCGCUCGCAUCAAUGAAUUGUACACGUAUGUCGUGCAAAAUCGCAGCCAGGCUGUUGUUCGAACUGGACCAUUGAAUACUGGCGCGUUUCUCAAUACUAAAAAUACCAGCGAUCCUUUCCCAAACUUGCAGAUAUUAAACUUUGCCUUUCCGAGGGGCGGUAGGUUCAGCGAGGCACAGACAAGACAUUUUGAAUUUACCGACAUAAUCAGUGCAUCGGUGCAGGAGGUGGAUCGUGUCACUCCGGCGAUGUAUGUGCACAUUACAGCACUCAACCCGAAAUCGCGCGGUCGCGUCAAGCUGUCGAGUGCUAACCCUCGGGUGCAUCCAAUCAUUGAGGCGAACUACUUUGAACAUACAGAUGAUCUGAACGUAUUGGUGCAGGGAAUACGACUCCAGCAACGGCUACUGCAGACGGAAGCGUUUCGGAAUGCUGGAGCAACGCUUCACCGGAUUGAUAUACCCGGAUGCCGAGAGCAGGUAUAUGAUACGGACGCGUACUGGAAGUGUUACGUACGACAGCUCACCGUUACUACCUACCAUCCAGUUGGGACGGCAAAAAUGGGCCCUGCCACGGAUCCAGAUGCUGUGGUAGACUCUAAACUUCGUGUUAGAGGCGUUCAUGGAUUGCGAGUGAUCGACGCCAGCAUUAUGCCGUUAAUAGUUAGUGGCAACACGAAUGCUCCGACUAUCAUGAUCGCUGAAAUGGGAUCGGACUUCAUCAAACAAGAACACGGGGAACUCUUAGAUGAAACCGGAAACGAAUUUUAACUUGAACAGUGGGAUUUUAAAUGUUUAAUUUGAAUUUGAAAUUAUUGAAUAUAAAAUUAUCAAAUUCCCUAAA